ACGCGUCUCAGGGGCAUCUUGAAGCCACGCCCUCCCUCGGCGCUCUUGGCCCGGCUAUUGGCCCGGCUAUUAGCCCGGCUAAACCAACUGUAGCGAGCACGGUGCCCACCCUGCGGCCGGUGUACUAAGAGCAUUCUCCGGCCUCCAGCACUACUCCCUGCCUCCUAGAGGGCGGGACUCUGAGACGUUUGCCUUUGAGUGGAAGGAGGGAGAAUGGCAGAUUCCUCAGAGCCGGACAUUGGGAAGCCUGCAGCCGCUGGUACUCGUGCUGUUCCCAAGGCAAAGGGAAGGAGAGUGCAAGGAGGAAGAGUGGUCGAGUCCCGGUACCUGAAUUAUGACAAGAAAAAGGUUUCUGUAGCAGCCAAAGGAGAGAAGCCACCUGAGGGAAGGAAGGCCAGCACAGUGCCUAGGAGCAGAAGCAGAGAAGAGAGCCAAGUGAUGGGCACGGGCAACCUGCAGUCUACCAUGCUGGAAGGGCAUGGCAUAAACCCGCCAGACCUGGACCUCUCCGCCAUCGACGACAAAAUCAUGUCCAGGAAGGCUUCCCGGCCUGACAGGGAAAUGACAGACAAAGCUAAGUCCACAUCCUUCGCUAGCUGUGACAAAACAGGAGUCCUUCGAAAGAAGAGACGGGAUCUGCAGGAGACCAUGGACAUGAUGGAGUCGCAGACGCUGCUGAUGACCCUGCUGUCUGUGAAGAUGGAGAACAACCUGGCUGUGCUGGAGGAGAAGGCGGAGAAGGACUUGGCAGCCAUAUGCCAUGAGAAGGAGAGGCUGCAGAGGCAGGCACUGGAGCUGCGGCGCCAGCUGCUUCUCCGACAGAAACAGCAGGAGCUGGCCACUGCCCUUGAUGCCCAGAUUGAAGUGCUAAGCCCUCUUCAGCCUGUGUUAGAGUGCUUCAAAGAGGAAUACAAGACCCUGGGCAGAGCCCUGGACACCACGCGACACGAGCUGCCCACACAGGCUGUCCACAUGGAAGGAAGUGGGCAGGAGCUCCUAGAUGAUCUGGAGCCAGCCCUGACGACCACCCUGCAGCUGCUGGGUGAUCUGAGCAUCUGCUCCCCAGAUGCCAGUGCACAGGUGCAGGGAUCCAGCACACAGCAGCCUGGAGCCAGUGCACAGCUGAACUGUUGGCUGAAGGAACUGAAGGGCUUGGUCGCUGAGAAAGACCUGGAGCUUGGCAGACUUGUCAGCCAGGUGGUGGAACUUUCCUCCCAGGCCAGUAAAGAAGCAGCUUUGACAAACCAGGAAGUCUGGGAAGAGGCAGAGGCCACCCUCACCAGCAGCCAGUGGUACUUCAGUCCAGAUGCCUGCAGGGACCAUAGUCCCCACCCAGGACAGGACGGAUUACAGCAGGCCUGACCCUUGAUUGCCUCAGGCAGCCAGUGCUUCCGGAGCAUCCCCAGCUGCCUCUUCUCCUCAUUUGUUUCCUCAUGCCUCCUCCUUGUGGACUGAAGGAAGUUUGGUGGUCCAGUAUUCUGAAAAGCUUGUGCACUUUGGUUUUGGUUUGCUUUGGUUCUUGUCUUGAUGGUGCCGUUGAGGUGGGAAGACACAUCAGUCUUGGCAGCACCAUCCCUUGGGUUUGGGUCCUAGACUGAGUGAAGAAAGCAAGCUGAAUACAGUGUGAUGCAUUUGUUCUGCCCGCUGCUAACUGUGUGUGUGACUAGUUAAACAGCAUCCUAGACUCCCACAAUGGUGAUGCUUUUCCUGGGCUGGGAACCAAGUGACCCCUUCUCCCCCAGGAUUCUUUUGUUAGGGUAAGUUGACAUCACUGCAGGUGUUAUGCCCAGUUCUGAGGAACCCCAGGAGACUGCCAGAAAUUGUGGAUACCAAUGUAAUAAACAAAGAGUUUUUAUUAUACGA